AUACUAUGCGUUAUUACACCUAUCAAUGACUGACAACAAAGAAGCGAUUUCCCAAUAGUAAAAAGUUUCAGAAAAACCCAGGGCUGAAAAAUCUUGCAGUGGUAUAAAUAAGGAAGGAAACCCAACUGACUGAGAGACAUACAGAACGAGCAAGACCUGUUGAAAGCAGCAGCAAGAUGCUCAGAAAGACUGUCACUGAAAGCUUUGGAGCAACUAUUGAAGGCUUGAAAGCUUCACACCUGACCAAAACUGUUGUUGAGAGAAGCAAGAGGAUGAUUCUGGAUACACUCGGAGUGGGACUGCUUGGCACCAACACCGGUGUAUUCAAAAAAAUCGUACAAUACAGCAACGUAUACAAUUCUAAGAAGACCAGCAGAGUUUGGGGAAAUUCAAAUAUCUCCCUUCUACCUCAGUAUGCUGCUUUUGUCAACGGCGUGGCAGUUCACUCCAUGGACUUUGAUGACACGUGGUAUCCUGCCACUCACCCUUCCGGAGCUGUCCUGCCUGCACUGCUGGCUUUAGCAGAAGCGGCACCUGAGAAAAGCAAGCCUUCCGGAAUGGAUCUGCUCCUAGCCUUCAAUGUUGGCAUUGAAAUGCAAGGACGAUUAAUGAGAUUCUCCAAAGAAGCCAGCAACAUUCCCAAAAGAUUUCACCCUCCAGCUGUGGUUGGUACCAUGGGCAGUGCUGCAGCCACAUCUAAACUUCUCCACAUGGGGUCUGCCCAGUGUAGGGAGGCCCUGGCUAUAGCUGCUUCAUAUUCUGGGGCUCCCAUGGCAAACGCAGCAACACAGACCAAACCCCUUCACAUUGGCAACGCGGCCAGGAGAGGACUGGAAGCAUCUUAUUUGGCUCUCUUAGGGCUUGAAGGCAACAAGAGUAUUCUUGACAUGAAGUCUGGGUUCGGUGCUUUCUACAGUGACUACACACCUGACAUGCUCCCAGGCCUGGACUCCUAUAGGUGGGUACUGGAAGACCAGGAUGUGGCAAUCAAGCGUUUCCCAGCUCACUUGGGAAUGCACUGGGUGGGAGACGCAGCCACAGCCCUGAGGAUGAAAAUGCUGGAGAAAAAUCUUCCCCUGGCCAAAAUUAAAAAAGUGGUGCUAAAAGUGCCAGAUGCCAGGUAUGUAAACCGGCCCUUCCCCGCCUCAGAGCACGAAGCUCGGCACUCUUUUCAGUUUAAUGCCUGCACAGCUCUAGUAGAUGGAAGCAUUUCAGAGGAGUCCUUCAGCGAUCUGAAACUGCACAGGCAAGAGAUCCAAGAUUUGCUUGAGAAGGUUCAAAUAGAGAAUCCACACGACAACCACUCUAAUUUUGACACAAUGUACUGUGAGGUAGGUGUGGAAAUGUACACUGGAGAGGCCAUCUCUGAGCGAUGCAACACAUUUUAUGGGCACUGGAGGGAUCCGCUGAGCCAGUAUGACCUGCUGAAGAAGUUUAAAGCCAAUGCAUCAACUGUUUUGUCAAUGGAAGCAGUACAGGGUAUUAUAGAUACGGUGGAUAACUUGGAGAAUGUAACAGACUGCACCGUGUUAACUUCAUACCUGCAAGUGAAAGAGAAACCAAACUAAGCAA